UGUUGUCUUUGGAGACUGACGUCUUCAUUAUGAGCGCUUUGUUUUACUAUAUAUCUCUGGAGUUAUAUCACAUUUGCAAUACCACCUUUUAAUCUACUUCAGUGAUUCUCUAGGUUUUAAAAUAACUCUGGCAGCAUGUUGCCUCCUGUGAAGAAGGACCGAAUCAUCACUCACCUCCCAAAGUGUUUUAGUCCAAAUGCAGCUCUGCACACCAAAGACGGCUUCCACCCACAGGUGAGAGCUGCAUGCCAGGUUCAGAAGACGGAUGGCGUGAGCUUUAAUAUCGCCAAAGUCAUCGUUGUGGGAGACGUUUCUGUUGGGAAAACCUGUUUAAUCAGCAGGUUCUGCAGAGGAGGGUUCGACAGGAACUACAAAGCAACCAUCGGGGUGGACUUUGAGAUGGAGCGCUUCGAGGUGCUUGGCGUUCCCUUCAGUUUGCAGCUGUGGGAUACAGCAGGUCAGGAGCGCUUCAAGUGCAUCGCCUCAACAUAUUACAGAGGAGCACAAGCCAUCAUGGUGGUGUUUGACUUGAGCAGCGUGAACUCAUUAGCACAUGCCAGAGAGUGGCUGGAGGACGCCAUGAAGGAAAACGAUCCGUCCAGUGUUUUACUGUUCCUCGUCGGGACCAAGAAAGACCUGAGCUCUCCUGAUCAGUUGGCUGAGACAGAACAGGAAGCUAUCAGACUAUCAGAGGAAAUCAAAGCAGAGUACUGGGCCGUGUCUGCAAAGUCAGGAGACGGAGUCAGGAAUCUUUUCCUUCGUGUGGCUUCUUUGACUUUUGAGGCGAAUGUUUUGGCUGAGCUUGAGAGGAGUGGGUCGAGACACGUCAAAGACAUAAUCAGAAUCACAGACAGCUCAGAGGCCAAUCAUAAACAAAAGAAGAAGGCCAACUGUUGUUGAGAAAGCCUGAUCUCACUGGUGCGGCUACACGGUUACUGGAGCCAAACUGGUGUGGAUCCCCUGAGCUGGGCUGCUGGAAGCAGAAUCAGCUAUCAGGCUGUUUCUGUAGGAACCAGGAAACCACUUGAGAAAAUGUAUGUCAUGAUCCAAGUAGUAGCUCCAACAUAAUGGCUCCAAUUGAGCCUGUAAACAAGUCUGUUAGCAGAAUGACUCAAACUGUGUUUCUCAGGAAUGUUUAGUGCUGACCAGAUCUGCAACAAGUAAUUCUUUGUUGUAUUCAGGAUUAUAAAGAUAGUUUUCCCAAAACCAUAGCAGCACUUCACAAGAACAUCGUCUGUGUGAACCAACAUUUUAUCCCGUUAGGAUUUGUCUGAAUAUCAUCCUCUGUAUCUUUUCCUCCCUGCUGACUUCUGGUCAUGUGUCUCUGCUCUUGCUAAUGUGAUGCAUACAUCCGAUCAAAUGACCACCGCCAUUCCCAUCAUGCCUCUCUCCGCUCCGACACAAGAGCUCAUAUGAUCUGGGAGAGGAAGGAUUGUUUGGUGGGAGAGUCUCAGAAAGCUUCAUCUUCAUAAACUAUUCUGCUGGACAUUUAAUCCCAAAAUGAUUCAAACUCCUGGUUGAUUUAGAGGUUAGAAGGCCUCCUUGCCAUUACCCUAAUCUCCAGAGUUUCUCUUUCAGGCUUUGACUGAGCCACUCCAACGUUAAUAUUUCUUCCAGGCAGAAUAAACAUUCUGGUAAAAUUAUUAUACUAACUUGUAAUACACCAGGAGUAUGAAUAAUUUUGGGCUUAACUGGAUAUC